AUGACAACUGCACCAAGUGCUAAGAAGGAGCGCACCAGCACCUUCUGGGAGACAGAUGUGCUGCAAAAUUUUGGGGAAACUGAGUGGUACCUCAACUUCAGAAUGCCAGAGGAGGCCUUCUUAAAUCUCUGUGACCUUCUUCAUCCUUACAUACCAAAGCAAACCAUGAAGACCACAGGUAGUUUGGAAAAAAGGGUUGCUCUGACACUUUACAAGUUAGCAAGUAACACUGAAUUCCAUGAUGUUGCAAACCUCUUUGGAAUUGGGGUGAGCACUGCCUGUGAUGUGUUUUGGGAGGUUUGUAAGGGUCUCUGCCAACUGAAAAGGAAGUUUAUUGGAAUGCCAAAAAGUGAAGAAGACGUGAAGACCAUAAUCAAAGGAUUUCAAGAGAAGUCAGGGUUUCCCAUGUGUGCUGGGGCCCUGGAUGGAACACACAUUCCCAUCCUAGCACCCUCCAGCUUUCACACUGAUUACUACAACAGAAAGGGGUGGUACAGCGUGAUACUACAGGGCUUGGUUGACCACCAGUACAUGUUUCAAGAUUUUGAUGUUGGCUGGCCGGGGAAGUGCCACGACUCUUUUGUUUUUAAACUACAUGCAAAGCUGGAAAAUGGCACAUGCUUUCCACCACUCACCAAGACAAUACAAGGUGUUGACAUUCCUGUGCUGAUUGUGGCUGACUCUGCUUAUAGCCUCUCUCGAAAUGUCAUGAAACCGUUCCCAGAAGGAGUUGCAAGAGGGCCCCAACUGCAAUUCAAUGCAUGUCUGAGUAGGGCAAGAAUUCAUGUGGAACAUGCUUUUGGCCGUCUAAAGGGCAGAUGGCGCUGCCUAAUGAAGCGCAAUGAUAGUCAAACUACAAACAUUAAGUGUGUUGUUGCCGCUUGCAUUGUGCUGCACAACUUUUGUGAGUCUUGGAAGCUGGAUUUCCCACAGGAGCAGAGCAGAGCAGAGAUGCCUGAGGAGGAAGACACAGAGCAGGAACAUGCAGAUGAUGAAGAUACCCUUAUUACACCCGAGCCGCUUGACCUGGCCAGUUCUACUGCAGAGCAAAUCCGUGAAGUAUUAGUAUGGUACAUUUCUGAAAAUCAGUGA